CUGUCCGCCUGCAGUGCCUUCGACGCGGAAAAUUACCUAGCAAGCGCGAACGGUCACCGUGCCUCGCACAACCUGUUCGUCCUUCCGAACGAGGGAGCAGAGGUGCUUUUCGAUCCUUCGGUGGGUCGGUUUCGCGGGGGGCUUGCCUUCACCGUGAGCAUUCGGACGCACACGAAGAUUCCGCUGACGAACUUCUGGAAGAAGUACUUACCCAAGACGGUUCUUGACAACGGAUUGGUUCCCCUGCAAAUUAUGCCCGAGCGCGAUCUCUACCACCCGAUCCAGUAUUCGUCUCCGCCGAAUCCGAAGCGAAACAAGGGCGAACACGUCGAUCCGCUAUCAGCUGCAACCAAGUUUGUCGACCUGCAUUCGAGGGAACCACGGAUUCGUGCUCUCAUGCGAGCAUGGAGAAAUCGUAGAAAGCAAGAGGUAAUUCCAGCAGAAGAUGAUUUUUAGUAUUUUUCUUUGCAUGUUGGUGCGCGUAUCCGCAUCAUGAUCCUGUUUUUGAUAUGCGUCGCUGAUCUGUUUAUAAAAUUCUUGUCUUCACAUUCAUGGACACUUCAGGAGGAGUUGGCGCGUCAGAAGCUGAACGGGCGGCUUUCACAACGCAUGAGCCUCCGGGAGUUUUUUCUGAAUCAACUUCAUGUUUCCGAGGAAUGGUUUGACCUUGUCACGGAGCGGUUAUUCCUGGUCGCGUCAGAACUUUCCGAGGUCCUGGAUCUGGAGAAGGUCAUGAAGCUACUGGCGGCCGAUGACUUUCCCGCGGUUUGCUUGCGAAUUUUUCCUGCAUUUUGCCGGAUCGUCAAGCUGCACCGGGAAGCACCACCGGAUUACCACGAAGUGCGGUACCAUGCGGUCAUGCUGGAAGACGCGGUGUGCUCAAUCAUCACCGCUGCGAGAUUGUUUCCGGAGAUCCAAAGACUCUUGCCGGGCUCCCUCGACGACAACAAGCUCAGUGCAUGGCUGGAACAGGAAGAAGUGGUGGUGAAGUGGCUCCAAAGUAGUAGUGGUCGGAGACUGCCCGCUUUUCCGAUGCCCGAGUACGUCAGGGAUACGGCAGACGAAAAUCCGCCGGGGCACAAGUACGAAAUUGUAAAAGAAGACUUUCGACGACAUGCAAUUCUGGAAGAUGCUCGUGGAACCCCGUUUGUCGCGGAAUAAUCGGACGUGGUCAAUGCGAUGGAGCAGGCAGCUAGGUUUUGGAUUUUGGAAGAAUGGAAAACGCUUUUGGUAGUCGUAGAGUGUUUAUUGCUGUAAUUUUUUGGCAAAAUGAAAAUGUUGAACUGGUAUUGGAAUACUUAUAAUAUGUUGCUGUAGUCCUAGUCGUGGUGAACACACGAUGACAGUGAAGACGAUUCAGUAAGGUAUCUCCUGCUUGUACGAUGAGGUAGGGCCGACGCACCUGUCAGAAGGAAAAGCGUCGACACACGGAACUACCUCCUGAUCAAGAUUUCGUCAGUGAUUGUUUCGUUUCCGCAGUAUGAAAUGAAAAAGUGGAAGAUUUUGAUUUGUCCAAACGCGAAGAUUUCGCGCUGGCAGCC